AUGAACACCACCACCACACUUCCCAUCAAACUCAUCUUGCUUCUCCUCCUCACUCUCCUCCACACAACCCCCACCUCCUCCCACCCACAGCCUACAACAACAACAACAACAACAAUUUUACCAACACAAACACACCUCCAAUUGCACAACAAGCUUCCGCCACGUGUAAUAACGGUCGAAAAUGAACUGCGAAGUAGAAAAAGUAGAAGCAGAAGCAGAGCCAGCAGAACCAGAAGAGGUCCAUCACGUAGAACUUGCGAUCCUUUGUUUAGCUUCCUCGUUGGCGCUUGUGGGCGCUGGCCGUUCUCUACAUCUUUCCCUUCCCCCGACAAUCCUUUUAUACCCGCCCCUCCUCAUUCCUCCCCGUUGCCACCCCCUUAUUUCCCUUCGUAUAUUUUUCUGCCACCUCUCGUACCGUCCCCUCCUCCACCGUCACCACCACCACCUUUGCCGCCGCCAAUAGUAAUCUGUCCGCCUCCACCGCCACCUCUCGUACCGUCCCCUCCUCCACCGUCACCGCCGCCACCUUUGCCACCCCCACCGCCACCACCAAUUGUAAUCUUUCCGCCUCCGCCACCACCUCUCGUUCCAUCGCCGCCACCUCCAUCACCACCGCCACCUCUUGUGCCAUCGCCACCACCUCCGUCACCGCCAAUUAUAAUCCUUCCGCCCCCUUUGCCGCCUCCCGUGCCAUUGCCGCCACCUCCAUCGCCACCACUAGUCCCCUCACCGCCUCUGCCGCCGACAAUUCCAAUAUUAUUCCCUCCACCUCUCGUCCCCUCCCGGCCGCCACCUAACGACAUCACAUCACCGCCUUUCCUCCCUAUAUUCUCCACGCUGCCACCCUCGCCGCUGGUGCCGAAUUUUGACUUUCCACUGCCGAGGUUGGUAAUUCCUGUCGACACUCCACCAGCGCCAUUGGUUCCAGAUGAAAGUCCUUCGACAAUUCCGUUGCUGCCAUUGCCACCGCCGCCUUUGGUUUCGGAUGAUACCGGCCCUCUGGUAGUACUUCCACCCUCGGUGUUCGACGACACGCCACCAUCAUCACUGCUCCCUCCGCCGCUUGUGCCGAUACAAGACCCGCUGCCGCCACCUACUGAUUCUACGACUCAGCCGAGGAUAGUGCCAUUGCCGCCAUUGAUUCCCGAUGCUCUGACGCCGUUCUCCCCUUUGAAGGGAUGAUUUACUUCUAUUACAAAACAAGAAGAGUUUAGUAACACAGAGGCGUUAACUAUUGCGAGAGGUUAAGGUUACAGUCAAGUUUGGCUUAU